CAAUCAUAUUGCAUACUCCACACAGUAUAGUGACGUUGCUGAACAACACAAACAUCAAGACCAUUACUGAUGCAAGGAGAGCAAAAUGGGAAGCAACUUUGUUGAACAAGGAUUUGAGAGUGGAAAUCAUCAGAGACACAUCCCUUAACCCUGCAACAAUGAUGAUCGAACCACAUGAGGGAACACCACAUGAGUGUGAAAAACAAGUAGAAGAAGAAAGUCUUGGUCCUGUUAAUCCAACACCUCUUGAAAAUCCAGACAAGGAGUUAUGGGUCGAUGGAUCCAGUUACUAUGUUGAUGGAAAACGGCAUACUGGAUGGGCUGUAGUGGAAGCUGAUGGAAAUGUCGUGAAGAAAGGAGCUCUUUCUGGGCAUUUUUCAGCACAAGUAGCUGAGCUCAUAGCACUUGCAGAAGCUUUCGAAUUAUCGGAAGGACAACGAGUCAACAUCUACACAGAUAGUCGUUAUGCUUUUGGAGUGGUCCAUGACUACCUUGCCCUGUGGAAAAAACGUGGACUUAUCACCAGCAAUGGGAGCGAAAUACAACAUGCUUCCAUAAUUCGUCGUUUGAUUGCAGCAUGUCACCUACCCAGAGAAGCAGCCGUGAUCAAAGUGAAAUCACAUCAAUCUGACAAAUCCAAAGAAAGUCAAGGAAACACGGCAGCAGAUGCAGCGGCCAGAGAAGCAGCACUACUUCCUCUUACUCCUGUUACCUUGGUACAGGAAAACAGCAAAGAUAAUCCUGAGCUCCGCCUUCUGUCAUAUCAAACUGAGACAGAUGAAGAGAAAGAACAAUGGAUAAAAGCGGGAGCGAAAGAGGAUGAUCAAGGUAUCUGGAGAAUUCCAACAGGACAAGUGGUGAUGCCUAUCGGAACAAGAAGAGAACUAAUGCAGCUGUAUCAUGGAAAAGUACAUGCUGGAGCAAAAGCAAUGAAAGCUCAAAUCAGCGAGACGUGGUGGUGGCCACGAAUGAUGAGAGACAUUGAUGAUUACUGUAGAAGAUGCUUGAUAAGAGCAAUGGUUCUGCCUCCUGAUGCUCCGCCGCCUGCGGGAACAGGAGGAGACUCUACUUUGUUCCAAGAGAAGCUGCGACGCUAUCUUACAAUGCUGGACAAAGCAAUCAAAGACAAUAAUAAGAAAGUGCGAGAAGCUCAACAGCAAUGGGAUGAAAAACAUACCACUACUGACAUUCCACACAUUCCUGAGUUAGGCAGUUUUGUUAUGGUCAAACGUAUUCCCAGGAAAGGUUUAGAACCUAGGUGGGAGGGGCCAUAUGAGGUACUCUUAACAACAGAUACAAGUGUCUGCCUAAAAGGGAAGGGUGUAGGAACAGAUAGAUGGUAUCAUUGGUCACAAGUUAAACCUUGCUUAGUGAAUGAACAAAAUGAUGAAGGCUUAGGACCUGAGAUUGAGCACUGUUCACUCAUUAACUUUGGGAAAAAGGAGUGAUGAUUAAUUAUUUUUCUGCUUCCAUUUCAGGAAUCAAUUCCAUUGACAUUGAUUAGAGAUGGUCGCAAGUUAUUCUCGAUACACAACGACAAUGGUAUGCUUGUUUUUAAUUUUACUUGGCAUUUACCAAGGAAGCCAAGCUUUAUGGACUCCUCGAGUUCAAGAAAUUACUCGGAAUGCAACCCUGAAAUCUGGCCAACGUUUUACUCUACCCUUUAUUUCCAGAUGGGGAUUAUGGGAUUGGGUGCCACGUAAUGAUAAAGACCUUGCUAAAUAUCGAGUGGGCAUCUACGGUGGAUGUAACUUUCACCACCAAUGUUACAAAAGCAGAGUAAUUUGGCCGGUGAAAGAUGGGGGUAUACCGGUAGUGCUCAAAGACGAGAAAUUUGUUCAAAAGAACAAUGUGAAAUUGUGGGGUUAAACCUCAUAACAUCUACUGAUGUGGAAAUUAAUUUCAUUUUGAAUCGUACCCACAUGCUUACAAUAUGGGAUUCAUUAGCCCUAGGCUGUAU